AAACAAAGCGCAUUACGGGAUUUAAACCUCUAACGGCUACGUAGAGUGCUUAUAGAUAUAGCUGAUUAAAAUGGUAAUAGACAGCUACGGCAAGAAGUCCGAUUUACCCAUACAUAAUAAAUAUAAACCUCGGAAAUUCAAUAGGAGGCUAUGGGUUAAUCGGAUAUUGAUAGCUUCAGUAUCAUUUUUAGUGAUAUGGGUAUUGUUUUUUAGGUCAUCAUCAUCAUCAUCAUCAUCAUCCCAUCCUCAACCAACUCAAGUAACAAAAUCUAAUGAAGAUGACUAUGAAUUAUAUACAGCCACAAAAGAUGGAAUUGUCAAACAAGAUAUUGGUGGUCAAGGUCAAGGGCAAGCUCCAGCUAAAGCUCAAGGUGGUGAAGGUGUUGAUGUAGAUGGUGAAAUUCAACCUACCGUGUCUACUGAAGAUGUCCUCAUUGACCCAGAUGUAGCUGAUAAAUUAUAUAAAGAGUCAGUUGAGUAUUAUGACUUGAAUGAUUAUAGAGGGUCAGCUCUUGGCUUUGAUAAUGGUGAUGUUGUAUUAUUCCUUAUGCCUUUAAGAAAUGCCGAGAAUGUUUUACCAAUGGCCUUUUAUAAUUUAAUGAAUUUAACCUAUGAUCAUUCAUUAAUUGAUAUUGCAUUUUUAGUUUCCGAUUGUUCACCAGAUGACAAAACUUUGGAAACUGUAUUUGAAUAUUCUGUGGCAUUACAAAAUGGUACAUUGGUUGAUAAAUUACAACAAGAAGAAGAAGAAAAAAAUAGUCGUUCAGUUCAGGGUUCUAACGACUUAUAUCAAAAUUAUAUGGAUCAAAACUAUAUGGAAGGAGUUCGUAAAGCAUAUAAACAUCCUGAAGAACAUCAUAAAGGCUAUAGAAAACCUUUCCGUUCAGUAUCAAUUUAUAAAAAAGAUUUUGGACAAAUUAUUGGUCAAGGUUUUAGUGAUAGACAUGCCGUUAAAGUUCAAGGAAUUCGUCGUAAAUUAAUGGGAAGGGCGAGAAAUUGGUUAACAUCAAAUGCAUUACAAGCUUAUCAUUCAUGGGUUUAUUGGAGAGAUGUUGAUAUUGAAACUUGUCCUGGUAAUGUAAUUGAAGAAUUAAUGCAACAUGAUUAUGAUGUUAUGGUACCUAAUGUUUGGAGACCAUUACCAACAUUUUUAGGUAAUGAACAACCAUAUGAUUUAAAUUCAUGGAUUGAAUCUGAACCUGCUCUUGAAUUAGCUAAAACUUUAGAUGAAGAUGAUGUUAUUGUUGAAGGUUAUGCUGAAUAUCCAACUUGGAGAGCUCAUUUAGCAUAUCUUAGAGAUCCAAAUGGAAAUCCUCGAGAAGUAGUUGAUCUUGAUGGAGUUGGAGGUGUAUCUAUUUUAGCCAGAGCACAAAUUUUCCGUCAAGGUGUUCAUUUCCCAGCAUUCACCUUUUUAAAUCAUGCUGAAACUGAAGCCUUUGGGAAAAUGGCUAAACAAAUGGGAUUUAAAGUUGGAGGGUUACCUCAUUAUACAAUUUGGCAUAUCUAUGAACCAAGUGAAGAUGAUCUUAAACAAAUUGCAAAAUUAGAAAGAAAGAAGAGACGUCAAAAAGGUAGAAAAAUUUAAUACCCAUAACAUUCAGCUCAGCAUAAACAAUAGAUAACCCAUUCUAAAAUAUAUCUCAUUAUUUAUACUUUAUUAUCAUAAUGUUCUUACUUUUCAAUUCUUUUCUUUUUAAGAAAUACUUUGUAUAAUAGUUACCCAUAUAUAUAUAUAUCUACCAUAUUUCUGCUAAUUAUAUGU